AUGGCGUCAGUCAAGUCUCUGGGCAUACACCAGCCCACCGGCCUGCAGUAUGCCAUUGACGAAGAGAUAUUGCCCUCCGAUCCGAGCCCCGACUUAUACCAGUGGGAGACUGUCGUCGAUACCUGCGAGGAACCCCCAUGCGACGAACUAUUGACCACCCGCAACUGCGUUGUCUGGUCUCGAGGAGGCAUCUUCCGCAAGUGCUUCAGAUUCGACGUUGAGAGGGAGACAAUCACCCAGUCCCUUCUCACAUACUUUCCAAGAGGCGGACGGCGUGACGGAGGAAACACGCAGGCAGACGAUGCUGCCGAGCAAGAGCCUGCUCUAGCGCGAGCUUUGGUUGUCUUCCUCAAGAGUCAAGCUCAUAUCUACUUCCUCUCCGGAACCAGCCAUGUCGUCCACAUGCCAUUCGAGGUUGAAUCUGCCUGUGCAGCUCCAUGUGGCGUCAUUAUCCAGCGCAAAUCAAGACUCGACAACCUGGCACCAGUCACCUUGAAGUUCCCGCGCGUCCCACCGAACUCGUUCGUAUCCUCGCAGCUGUCUUCCGCCCUCCCCCGCAGCUCUCAACAGGCCUUCUCGGUAGAAGGCCUCGGCAAGCCGAGAACAUUACCAUUGAGACUCAGCUCUACCUUGGAGAAUAUGUGGGAGCCACCGCUGGAAACAAACGAUUCUCACUGGCCCCGGCUUGUCUGCCUGACCGACCCUCUGGCAGAACUAGGCUUGGUGAUUUCUCAAAGCGACAAGGUGGCCAAGGACAGACACAGGCGAAUGUCGGCCAAGUCCCCUUUCUUAGACCGUGCGGAGGAGAUUCUACAUGUGGAGACGAUUAAGCAACAUGGACAAAGCUCCGCGAGGAAAGCCGAUGACCUGGUCCUGGCGGUGACGGUCAAUAGGGAAACCAAUAUGUACAGCGUCUGGAAGUUGACGUAUAUCAAGAAUGGCGAUCCGUUCACCAGUAGUCGACGAAAACCGAAGUCAAAAGCUCGCAGGCGAAGCUCAAUGCAGCCGGGACUCAACAGCGGUACCACCACGCCCGUGCACGCCAGCUUUCGUGAAAGCAUCGGGGCCCAGCUGCCGGUCAAGAAAGCCAGGGGUGGCGAGAAGGCUGACAGGUCCUUGGAAAAGGCGUUGUCACUUGAACCAGAUAAGAGCGGUGAAGUGAUCAGAAGGCAGUCCCGCAGAGUCAGCUCCCUGUUGGCACGAGCAGACCUUUCCGCCUCCCAUGAGAGGUCGGCCUUUGCCGAACAGCCUGGUGCUGGUCAUGCAACGAGUUCCAGGAGGGUCGAGUCCCAUGGCGCCCAACGUGGGCGUGCGAGCAGCGGCUUUGUACCAAUGAACAUGAGCGGCAACUACGGGCAGUCGCUAAACAGCUUGCUCGAGGCACCCGUCGAUGAUCUCUUGGAAGAGCUGCGCGCCGGAGGUGACUUUGAGGGCUUCACUAGCAUGGGGCUGGAUGACCACGAAUUUGACGGAUUGACCAGAGAAAUCUUGCUCACAAAGAUCCAUAGCGUCUCCAUGGACAACAACAAUGUUCGCUACUCUCUCUCAGAAACCCCAGUCCGGACUCAGUGCAAAGUUUUCUUUGUGGUUGGCACGCCUUACGCGGUGGACGAACCGGACCGAAGCUACCUUUUGAUCUGCAUUCAAGAUCUUUUAGACAAGCGACUUCAACUCUUGCCUCUCCAUGUCCAAUCGAGAACCAAGCCAACGAACAACCCGGCCAAAACCACAACACUGAUUGCUCCGGAUGGCCCGACAGUGACAUGGGGACAGCUUAUGAGGGCCCAGAACGUGGUCGAUUCGUGCAAGAUCAGUGACGGCGAUCACGCGAUGAUUCUCAUCCUCUCGGAAGGCGAAAAGGGGCAACGUGAACUGAGUGUGCAAGCGCCAUGGAGCAAAAUGACACCCAUCGAGCUGCCGAUGCUCUUCGUGGAUAAUUACAGCAGUCUCGAGUUCUCAGGGACUCAUGUCAAGAAACGGAGCAGCAGCAGGCGCUCUCUAGGCAUCGGCGUUUCCGGCACGCAGACCAAUGCGCUGUACCACUCCAAGCCUCGAGGAGUUCUCGACAUCCAGGACAGGGACGGACGAUUUCACCGUAUACAAAUCCAGCUUCAGCCGUCCAACCCACGGGUCAAACGGGCUCUCAGGGUGUGUCGCAGCAUUCUGCCUGCUUCACACGCCGAUAAGAUCCUCGCUGGAUGGUGGCAUGUCAUGCAGUGGUUCGAUAAGAACGAAGACGAGCCCCCUGCGGAUCUCGAGUGGUCGAGCUUUGUGGUCCUUCUAUUUUGCAUGUUUCUCAGUCUGGGACACAACGAAGUGUCAACACUCGAGAGUUCCCAACCACAGAGCGCACAACUGCAGUCCGACGACUGGGAUCUCAUCAGAACCUAUGAGAGCCGCAAUGCUGCCGCAUGCCCGACUUGGAUGGAAGGCCGAGGUUGGCAGUGGCUCAUGGAUGAGCAGGCCGGACAGGGACUGGUCUGGUCUCAACCCGUCACAGGCGGCAAGCGUAAAGAUUUCUUGUCAUUGCACACCCAGUUUGCCAAGGAGUUCAUGGUCUCUCCGCUGGGAUUAGCUGCUGUUGGUCCGAAUGGAUAUCUCCCACUAUCGCUUGCCUCGAGCCUUGAACGACGCCGGAGCUUGGCCUGGUCUCUAUUUCUCGCUCUUCACUUGCUUUUAGAAGAAGAGAAGCUCGAUAUAAUGGUUCCUGAGUACCCAGACGCCGCAGACCUCAGGGUUGUCCUCUGCCAAAUCGCUAGAUGGCUCCGCUGGUAUGAGUUUGUCGCCAGGUACGAACUUGGCAUUCAGACUGCGGUAGACUCCGGCCUUGACAUGGAACUUGACCUCACUCCCCCCUUGCCCGAGCCAGCAAGCAUCCCAUGCGUGCUCUCGUGGGUCCAGGCCCAGCUGGCGGGCAAGAACCAGGAGGAAUUCCCUACCCUCGGCGAUGUUUUCGCCACUUCUCAACAGCAAGAUGUCAAAGAUGGGCCUGGCGACUCACGUUGGGAGCCAAUCACCCCCAGAACCUUCUUGUUCAAGAAAUUCUUCAAGCUUCUCAAACCAACCGAUCGACAUUACCAAAUAGUUGAAGUCAUGCAUAAGUGCGGUUUCACUCUACCCGUGCUUGAGACGCUUCCUGAGGCCAUCCUCGUACCUCUGCAGGAUGCCAUCGCCCAGAGCCAAACGAAUCCUCCAGCGUCAUGGCCAAGCAAACUCCUAGGCUUGGUGAACCGGAGCGAUAUCAACAUGAUACUAAAGCCCAACAAGCCGCCGGGCGCCGCUUCUUUGGGUAGUGCUAAUCCCUCACACAGCGCCAAUUGGGACUUCCGAAUGAUAUGCGAGACUAUCGAUGAUUACAAUAAUCUCGGCUACGACGAAGGAGAAGGUACAGAGCGACAAGCGGUGGUCCGCGCCUUGUUUAAGGAUGAUCGACGUCUCAACGAGGCACAGGCAUUGCUGUCCUCGCAGAAGCCCAGAGUCAUUCGGCUCGACCCGAAUCCUAAGUGGACGGAAUCCGAAUACCUGGAGAAGCAAAAGGAACUCGUAACCACGCUAGCCACCAGCACGCUCGCCAUCCCUGCAGGCCGUGGUAUGCUGUACUACAGCCUGCGUUAUCCGCUCCUGACGCAGAAGUUCCACAUUGGAGGCUUCAACUUGACUUGUGUGGUUAGGCCGACCAACGUCUCGGUUGGCGUUGACAAGUCGCUAUUCUCGGAAGAGAAGGUCAACUGGGCCUUCUUCCAUCAGGGAGUAUCGAAUGGGCUUGCCAUAUCGCCUCAGGCCCGGGGUAUCGACACCUCCUGGAUCCUGUACAACAAGCCAGGGCAGGACCUCAACAACAGACAUGCGGGAUUCUUGCUGGCUUUGGGCCUGAAUGGGCAUUUGAAAUCCGUUGCCAAGUGGGUGGCGUUCAAAUAUCUCACUCCAAAGCACACCAUGACCUCGAUCGGCCUCCUACUCGGAUUGGCGGCGUCACAUAUCGGUACCAUGGACUCUCUGAUCACCCGACUACUGUCUGUGCACGUCACAAGGAUGCUCCCCCGUGGUGCUGCCGAACUCAAUCUCUCUCAUCUCACGCAGACGACCGGCAUCAUGGGCAUCGGUCUCCUCUAUUGCAACAGCCAGCAUCGCCGCAUGAGUGAGAUCAUGAUGUCCGAGAUUGAGUUUGUCGAGGACGAGGAUGAGGAAGACCCCCUGCGCAAUGAGGGAUACCGCCUGGCCGCGGGCUUUGCCCUGGGUCUUAUCAAUCUCGGCAAGGGCAGCGAUCUCAAGGGACUUCAUGACAUGCGCAUUACCGAGAAGCUCCUGACGACGGCGUCGUCGACAAAGAAAGUCGAGCUCGUCAACGUGCUUGACCGCUCGAUCGCAGGAGCAACUGUUGCCAUUGCCCUUAUCUUUAUGAAGUGCGAGGAUCAUAUCGUCGCUCGGAAGAUCGAUGUCCCCGACUCUAUUCUACAGUUUGACUAUGUCCGACCCGACAUCCUGCUGCUGCGCACCUUGGCCAAGAACCUGAUCCUCUGGAGCCAGAUCGAGCCGUCCUUCGAGUGGAUCAAGGCCAGCCUACCCGCCGAAUACCGGACUCGCUACCGGCUCACGGGUGUCAAGAAGCUGCAGAGCCGUGAUCUGCCUUUCUUCUCCAUCGUUGCUGGGCUGUGCUUCUCGAUCGGCAUGCGAUUCGCAGGCUCGGCGAACACCAAUGUCCGAGACCUGCUGGUGCACUUCCUGGACCAGUUCAUGCGCAUCGUGCACCUCUCUGCAGACAAGUUUGACGCGCAGAUGACGAGAGCCAACGCGCGCAUGUGCAUGGACAUUCUCGCACUGUCCUGCGCCACCGUCAUGGCCGGCACGGGAGACCUCGUCGUGCUGAGGAGACUGAGAGCACUCCAUGGCCGGGAUGAUCCGCACACGACCUACGGCAGCCACUUGGCAGCGCACCUGGCGAUCGGGUCGCUCUUCCUAGGCUGCGGCACCGCGACGUUUGGCACCAGCAACCUUGCCAUUGCUGCCCUGCUGAUCUCGUUCUACCCACUCUUCCCAGCCGACGUGCAGGACAACCGGUCGCACCUCCAGGCAUUCCGACACUUCUGGGUCUUGGCCACGGAUCCUCGCUGCCUAGUCACAAAGGACAUGACGACCGGACAACCCAUCUCCGUGCCCAUCAUGAUUACCUUGAAAUCGCAUCCGGCCACCGCAGAAGCCCCAGCUACACCAGCGCCGGCCCCGCGCACGCGGUCAUCAAAGACGACGGCCAAAGCGAAAGGCGCUACUACCACGCGCCGGACAGCGGCGCACGCGAAAACGCCGAGCCGAGCAGCAGCAGCAGAGAAGAAGCAGCAGCCGCAGCAGCACGCUCCGUCGUCCGUCAUCAGGCGGCAGACGCCAUGCCUCCUCCCGCCGCUCGAGGACAUCGCCAGCGUGCACACCGACGCGGGCAACCAGGGCUACUGGGACCUCGAGGUCGACUUUGCGCGCGACGGCGGCGCCAUGGCGGCCGCGUUCCGCGAGAACCAGUCGCUGUCGCUGCGGCGGCGGCCCGCGCACGAGGGCGCCUUUGCGUCGACGCUGCAGGCGCUCGGGCGCGACGCGCUGGCGGGCGUCGGGCCCGAUGGCGCGCCCGGUGGCGGCGGGGAGCAGCAGCAGCAGCGCGAGCCGCUGGACUGGGUGUUUGGGCUGGGCGCGCUGGCGGACCUGACGCAUACGGAGCGGGCGGUCGUGCUGGACCCGGCGGCGGGCAGGGGCGCCGGGGGCGCCGGGGAGGGCUCGAGCAGCGCUGUUGACGCGAGGCUCGUGCUCGAGGGCGCGAUGGACGGGUCGAGCCGGGAUGAGCUUCUCGGCCUGCGGCUGCUGUUUGAGUGGGCGGAUCGGAGGGGGGAGAUGGUCGGGGGUGACGGAGACGGUGCUGGCCGCGAGGGUGGGACGCAAGAUGGUGGCGGCGAGGGCGCGUGGUGGAUGCGGGAUAGUGUUAUUGAUAUGCUCAAGGGCAAGGUGUGGCUUGCUGGGCAGGAGGAGUGA